AUGGCUGCGGAAAAUCAAUUUCUUGUCCCAGAUGAGAGGAUUCUCUCUGAAAUAUUUCCGGGCGUGGUUGGUCUCAAGCUAAGUAGCUGCAACGUAUUAUCGAAUACGUUCGACAUCUGCACCUUCAGCGUCCAGGCUGAGGACAUUCCAUUACCAGUUAUCAUCCGACUCGAGAAGGAAAGCCUAGAUAUAUCGAAAAGUCGCUUGGCCACUGUUGCAGCUCUCCAUAGUCUAGGGCGCUUCCAACUGAAAGACAUUGUUCCGUCAAUUCAGCAGAUCGGUACUGCGACUACCUUGGACGCAAAAAAGGUUAAUUACCUCGUGACUGAGUACCUUACGGGGACCAUUCUGCUCGAAGACAUUUGGAACACACUCAACGAAACCGAUCAGCUAGAGCUGGUAGAGUCAAUAAUUUCGGCUGUGAAUAAACUUCACAAGCUUGGAGGUGUUGACGAUGUCUCUGAACAUCUCAUGGCAACCCCCUACAUCAACAACAAGGAGACCCCUAUUAUUAUUGGUGGUCCAGGAAUUGGAUAUUUUCGAGAUAUCAAGGAUCUCCUAAAGGCAAGACUACAAAAUCAUGGGAGAUCGCCAGGCUGCAAGCUAUUGGAGAUUGAUCUUGGACUCUUGAUUUAG